UAUAUCUAUUGUGCUAUAAGACUGGGGAACAACCUACAUAAAGACUGUUUUGGAAGUUUUCUUGUGAAAUAUUGAUAAAGAACUUGGAUACGUGUAUUGGGUAGCUUCGAAUAUCAACUUCAUUGGCUACCAUAAUCUCUUAAACACCUCGGAUUUAAUCAUAUGUCAAUUUAUUUGUAGAUGGUUACUAAUUUCUAUUUGGACUAAAUUCUGAUAUUGGAACUUAAAACCAUGAGCAGACUUACCAAUGGGAACCUGAAAUGAAUGAAAAAUGUGAUGGAAUAAUAUUUGGGUCAUGUCGCCAAUACGUCUUUACAGAAAAGAAUGGAAGAUUUAUAAGAUCAGAGAAUUUUGAUCGGCACUAUUAAUAAUUGUAUUUAAUUGAACAAUAGUUAAUUCAGUAGAAAAAAAUGAUUUUUUGAGGAAUCAAAAUUCAAUAGAACUGCCAAAAAGUAAGAGAGAACAUAUUAUUACAUUAAUAAUCUAAUUUAAUAACCAGACAAUAGUGUUAUUGAAAAGAUUGGCAAAGAUGAUGGCGUGUUAUAUUGCAAGUGAUAUAAAUCUAAAAAUUUGUGUGAAGAUAUGAAAAUUAAUCUGAUUAGCUCUGUGGAAAAUAAUUUAUAUUAAAUCUAAUAAACAGAUCAAAGCGCUGGGAAUACUUGUCGAAGUGCAAUUUGCACGUUUAUUAUUAGAUGAUAUUAUUCGACGCCUAUUAAAAACACAGAUGCAAUGAAAUUGAGAGUUUAUCAACUGUAUAAUGGACGCAAAUAUUUACUAGCGUGUGAAAAAUCAUUCAAGUGUUUGAUCAGCGGUAGUAUUGGUAAAUGGCAAAAAUGUAGUUAAACCAAUACGUUAUUUGAAGUUACCCAUGAUAUGAUAUCACUGAUUGUUUUGCGAAUAGAUUUUUCCUAUAAAUGGACUUUAAAUAGGGGACUUUUGAGAAAGUACUCUGUUCUGAUUAGUAAAUAGAUGUGAAAAGGGUAUAUUUAUCAAAACAUAUCUGAAAUCUGGACAUAUUUUGUGAUUGAGUUUUGAAUGAAAAAUUGAGAUUUAAUAUCUGUAUGAUAAAACUAUGGAUCGAAAGUGAAAUAUGUUGAAUUUGUGAGGUUAUAUGAAAUAUUGAAAGAUAAAAUAAUGGGAUGAAAAAAGACUGAAGUGUUUAUUUUCUGAACAAUGUUUACCAGGAGAAAAAGUGUUAUGAAAAUGACAUUAAAGGAAGCAACAUAACUGAAUGUAUUUAAAAGAUCAAAUAAUACUGUAACAGAAAUUGAAAAGGCUGUAUAUAUAUAUAUAUAUAUACACACACAAGACUACGAGGCGAGUUAGUUAAAAGUGGGAUUUGAAGAAUAUUUUGGUGCUAUGUUAAGGGAAGAAGAAAUCGAAAUUGCGAUUAAGGUGGUAGUGGUCGGUAACGGGGCCGUCGGCAAGUCGUCGAUGAUCCAGCGUUACUGUAAGGGAAUCUUCACGAAGGAUUACAAGAAAACGAUUGGAGUCGACUUCUUGGAACGGCAGUUGGAAGUGGGAGGAGAAGAUGUCCGGCUGAUGUUGUGGGAUACGGCCGGACAGGAGGAGUUUGACGCCAUCACCAAGGCCUACUACAGAGGUGCGCAAGCAUGUGUUUUGGCAUUUUCUACCGUUGAUCGGGACUCAUUUGAGGCCAUCGAGUCAUGGAAAAGAAAGGUUGAAGAUGAGGUAGGGGAGAUAAGCAUGGUGAUUGUUCAAAACAAGAUUGAUCUCAUUGACGAUGCUCUUGUACAAACAGAAGAAGCAGAGGCGUUGGCCAAAAAGUUGCGACUUCGCUUCUAUAGGACCUCAGUGAAGGAUAACCUCAAUGUUGAAGAAGUGUUCCGGUACCUAGCUGAGAAGUAUCUUCAGCAGUUAAACUGUGAAGAGGAGGAGGAACCAGCUACAUACCACCAGAUUGGAACUAAUUUCAUCAAUGCAGAUAUGAAUAACCACUACGACCAUAAAAUAGACAGAGACAGUUUCAUCAAAACUCAUUCCAACUCACCAAAAGUGAAAACAAAAAGUGAAAAAGUGAAAAACUCAAAAAACGGCAAGAUCAAACUGACUUACAACGACGAAGGUACAAUUUCGUUACAACCAAGUCGAAGACGGACUCACGGAAAGAAAUCAGUGUUAAUGGGGAAAUGCAUGAUUUUGUAGCAUAAAUUUAAAACAUGGAACAAAACAGCGUUGUUCAAGAAAGGGGAUAAUGGAUAUUAUCCACUGUGAAAGAAAAAAAAAUGCAAUUAUUUUAAACGCUUAAGGCAACAAUAAUAAAUAGUAUGUUUGGUGUUUCUUUUACUUGUACUUUAUGAUGUGGAUCAGGGUAGAGUUUUGUUUUUUUGUAUUUUUCUUCAUGAGAAGUAAAUUUACUGUUAUGAAAAGAAUGACUACUGGAUAGGCAAACUAAAUUAAGAAUGGAUUUAAUUUUUAGAGUCAGUUGGGAAAUGCCAAACAAAUUAUUCAAUAUUCAUGGCCUUACCCACCGAUAAUAAGAAAAUAAUGCAAUUUAUAAAUGUUAUAUUUGCUGUAUAACAUUACACAUUAUGUACAUUUAUGUUUUAUUUGUCUUCUUAGUGUUUUUGGCAAAUUUAAUGAUUUUGAAACUAAAAUUUCAAUUGUAAAACUCCAUUAUGCCGUUUUUUUUUAAAUAGGUAUUUUUUAUUAAAUUGGAAUCUGACAGUUGACAAAGAACAAAAAAAAAAUUAUGGUCCGUCAGCUGAAACAAGAAACAUAACUUUUGUAACAUUUAUAUUUAUUAAUUUAUUAAAAUUGAGUUCUUACCUCCCUUAGCAUAUUUUACUCAAGACUAUGCCACUUGUGAAAUAAUAUAGCUUUUCGUGCUCACACAGUGAAAUAUAUCAUGAUCUUACACUGAAACAAACAAUUAUCCCCUAUUUCUUCUAUUAUUCACUUUAUAAAAAAAUGACAAUAUUGGAAUCAACAACCAAUGCUCUUGUUAAAUUCAUUAAUUGAAUGUGAUUUUCAUAAAAAAAUUUAACUACAUAUAUUUAUAGUUGUUUUUGCAUUCAAUUUCAGAGUCUGUUUAUCUUUUGUGCCAGGCGUUUACUGCUUGAUUCUUGUGAUAACUCUGCAAUAUUCAUGUUUAUUAUUUCUGUGAACCAGUCAAAUCAUUAUUUGUUUAAUGCCGAAAUGGUGUUUUGCUUAAUAAAACAGUGUAUUUUUAAGUAAUAUUUCUCACUACUGAGGGUCAUAUGACAUUGGACAAGCUGGUCAGCCCCUGAAGGUGUAUAAUGGACCACGGCAUUAAAAUGCCAUACGGCCUGAAAUGGUGUCUUAUAUUAUACAAAAAAUUCUAUAUUACCAUUCAAUAUUUUUGAAGCAAUCUUUCAUCCGGCUGUCAGCUGGCCAUCUUUACAUGCAACAAUUAUUUACUGUUGUAAAAAUAACAGCACCACACUCAACAGUUUUAUGACGUCAGGGGAAAAAAAAUAAUUAAACAUUAAUAUUUUAUGGACCCCUGACAGCAUAUACACACUGAUUGACUUUAUAUAUACCAAAAGGGGCACAUUAAUAUAAGGUUAAAUAUAAUAUAGUCACGUCCGUCAUGGUCAUGCACUGUGCUUUCAGUAUGUCUAUUUUGGGGAAAAAAGACCGCAGAUGAAUUAGGAAAUUUGCAUUGUAAAAUUUACCUAUUCGGGAAGUAAUUUCAGGCAUUUUUUGUCAAUUUUGAGAUGAAGGACCUGCAAAACUUGAGAUUUUUUGAGUCUUGCAAUAAUAUAAUUAUCAACAACAUCAUUAUUUUUUACCAAAAAAAUAUGUGAAAUUAAUGCAUUGAACUAUAAAUGUUGCCUAGGAGUGCUGAUAAAUGCAUUUAUAAUUGUAAAUGAAAAAAUGUUCCAAAUAAAUUGUUCCAAGCCAACACUCUGCGCCUGUUAGUUGUGAAGCCAUUAGCUCUUCGCGACAGCAACUUCAUCUCACUUGGGAUUUAUCUCGUUAAAUUGGGAACAAAUAUACAUAUUUGGCCUUGGGACUGCGUCAGACAAUCUGACCUGUGAGAUGGGUAGAAAAAGGUCUGACAUCAUUGUCACUCAUGAUAAUUGGAAAAUUUUCUUAUGUCUAAUGUGUAUAAUUUGAAAUCCUUAUUUUAAGUGAUCCUCUUGUAUUUUGUUCAAAAGUUUUGUUUUGAAAUAGUGCUGUGCUAAGAGAUUAGCCUCUUUUAAGAUGUAGAAGUGAAAUAACAACAUAAAAGCUUCACUUUCACAGACUGACAGUUUUUACUUUUUUUAUUUUUUGUUAUCAGAAUCAGCUGAUUUUGGCAUCAAUGCCUUCAAUUCAGACAUUUAAGAUCAGUCACAAUAGAACUGAUCUCAAUUGUUUGAAAAAUGGCUGAAAAUUUCAUUUUUCUUAAAGCAUUAGUAGCUUUUAGCCAUUAAACAUCAAUUUUCGAACAUAAAUAUUAAAAACAGUGAUCUACUGGUAAUCAUUAGUUUCAUUAUUCUGAUAUCACUGGUUUCCAGACAUGUACCCAAAAAUUGGCUCAAUUCAAUACAGAAUUAUUUUUUUUUGUCAAAACAGUCUAUCUGUGGGAGUUCAGCUUUUAAAUUAUACUUUUCAUAUUGCAUUUAAUUCUUACGGGUGUCAUAUUCUUAAAGAUUUCAUGAUCUUUUCAACUUUUCAAUCUUAGCAUUUUUUUAAUGCAUUUACGUAAAUUACUGCAUACAGUAUUACCGUAAUGUCAAUAAAUACAUACCAACACUAGUAUCAAAUCAUCGCUUUUUUAUCCAAGAUUUCUGUGUAAUAACAAUUAAUGUUUCAUGAGUAUAAUUUAAUCUGUACUUUAUAAAAGAUUUGAGCCAACUGUUUUGCCUGUGCUUUGUUUAUUUAUGAAUAAAUUGGCUUAUCAUAAAAUAGUUCACCUUUGCAAAAGUUAACAAGGAUGUUGUUAACAAUGUUCUAGAUACUGUGAAAAUAUUAUUACACGAAGGGCUGGUUUUCAUAAAGCAUUUUAUGAGAUUUCUUUACUUAAGUCAUUUUCUUAAGUUAAGUACAUCACCUAUCAUAUCAUAGAAUCGCUUUAUGAUAACUGAAAUAAUUUAUUAUUUUCGAUUUUAUUCCAAAGACAUACUUUUAUGUAAAAACCCCACAUAUUUUUAGUUUAAUUCUACUACAAAACUUUUAGGAAAUUGACUUAGGUAAGUUAAGAACAGGCUUAAGAUGUUUUUUGAAUUCGCCCAAGAUUUCUUUGUGACCUAACUUAUUUAUGUCAAUGUCCUUGGAAGUUGUAAUGAAAUCUCGUAAUGUCCUUCCUGUUAACAUUUUAAUUUGUCUGUUAAUUAAUUAUUUAUAUAUUAUGAUUUAUUUUGUUAACAAUUUUAUUUUUGUGACUUUCUGUUAUUGUAUCAGUAAAUUGUGGUUGUAUAUUGUUUUGAUUUGCCUAUAGAAUUUCGGUUCAUGUGUAAAUUUUUGGUUCAUGUAUAAAUUAAUAAUAUGUCAAUAUAUUUUUCUAUCCUUUAUAUAAAAAACCCAUUCAUCUGUAUGUCAAGAUGCAAAUAAAACAUCAUUCAGAAAUUUCAUAUAUCAGCAAUAUUAAUUAUACAUGUUGGUGUUCACUACAAAAACAUAAUACAUUUAAGCUUAAUAUGCAGUAUAAUUAAUUAAACUACCAUAACGAUUAUGAAAAAAUUAUUUUGUGGAAUUUGUUCUCGUAAAAUUGUAUUAUGUUUUUAUUCACUGCAUGAAGUAAAUUUCCAUAAGGGUACAAUAUUUGUUUGGUAAGCUUUGUCCCAUUUACAUAUAUGCAUAUCAUAAAUAUGCAUUUUGUAUAUGAAAUAAAUAAAUAAA